AUGAGACUCAACAGCAGGGUCCAUACACCAGAACCAAUAAUCCAGCUCCAGCUACAGUCCAGCUACAGUACAGCUACACUCCAGCUACAGUCCAGCUACAGUCCAGCGACAGUCCAGCUCCAGCUACAGUUUAGCUACAGUCCAGCUACAGUCCAGCUACAGUCCAGCUCCAGCUACAGUUUAGCUACAGUCCAGCGACAGUCCAGCUACAGUCCAGCUACAGUCCAGCUACAGUCCAGCUCCAGCUACAGUCCAGCUACAGUCCAGCUACAGUCCAGCUCCAGCUACAGUCCAGCUACAGUCCAGCUACAGUUUAGCUACAGUCCAGCGACAGUCCAGCGACAGUCCAGCGACAGUCCAGCUACAGUCCAGCUACAGUCCAGCUCCAGCUACAGUCCAGCUACAGUCCAGCUACAGUCCAGCUACAGUUCAGCUCCAGCUACAGUCCAGCUACAGUCCAGCUACAGUCCAGCUCCAGCUACAGUCCAGCUACAGUCCAGCUACAGUCCAGCUCCAGCUCCAGUCCAGCUACAGUACAAGCUACAGUCCAGCUACAGUCCAGCUCCAGCUACAGUCCAGCGACAGCUCCAGCUACAGUCCAGCUACAGUCCAGCUACAGUCCAGCUACAGUCCAGCUCCAGCUCCAGCUACAGUCCAGCUACAGUCCAGCUACAGUCCAGCUCCAGCUCCAGCUACAGUCCAGCUACAGUACAAGCUACAGUCCAGCUACAGUCCAGCUCCAGCUACAGUCCAGCGACAGCUCCAGCUACAGUCCAGCUACAGUCCAGCUACAGUCCAGCUACAGUCCAGCUCCAGCUCCAGCUACAGUCCAGCUACAGUACAGCUACAGUCCAGCUACAGUCCAGCUCCAGCUCCAGCUACAGUCCAGCUACAGUCCAGCUACAGUCCAUCUCUCAGAGAUUGCAUGGAAAGCUCCUGUGUUGUUUAUUUAUUCUUACUGUAUCCUCUGUCAGAUGUUAG